AUGACAUCGUUGUUGAGAGGGAGUCUGCUGAAAAAUGCCAAAGAUCAUAAUAUAGUAGUUGUUGAGGCUGUCAAAAAGCUCAAAAAACUCUCUUCGGAUGAAGAAGACAUUGAUCCCAGUAGCAGAAGAUCAUUUGAUAAUGACAAGGAUAUUUCUCCAGAUAUUACUCCGGACUUGUCGCGGAGUGAGUCGGGAGAUGAAGGCGAACACAACGUUGGUCUCCAGCGCGAUCAUGACAUUGAACCCAUUGAGAUUGUCUACACCACCGAUGAAUCUGAGACAAUUGAACCAGUCUCUGGAAUUCAUUUUGCCGGUGGUAUGAAUCAAUACAAGUUCAUUGGUUGCGGUGUACGUACAAAGUACUUGGUUUUCCAUGCCUAUGCUGUAGGGCUAUACCUCGAUAUGGAAUCUGUUGAUAUGGCAAAAAUGAAGACAUCGGAUGAUAUUGAUGACGUACUGCUCAACCCUCACUAUGCGAGGGUCUUUCGUCUCGUCAUGAACCGAAACGUCACGUCAAGUCAAUACAUGGGCGCUAUCUACGACGCUUUGACUCCUCUGAUGAGAGGACAAGACAUGGACAAGUUGGAGGAGAUGAAGACUCAGGAAAUGCCUAGCAUGCUCCACAAGGGGACUGAAAUCUUUCUGAUUGUGAACGGCAACAAACUAAUCAUGCAGUUGGGGAUGGACCGUGCUGCACAAAUCGAGUCUUUGGUACUGACGAGCGCCAUCUGUGAGAACUAUUUGGGUGGCAAACCAGUCAGUCCAGCUGCGAAGAAAGCCGUCGUGAAAGAAAUGGAGAACCUCCGAACCUCCGAACCUCGAACCGAAUAGUUUAAGUCUGUGGUGAAAGGAAGCCUCCAGACAACGCCCCGCAUAGGCAUCCUCGGGAGGGAGGCUUAGCUUUCCGCCUCUAGUAGCAUUCCCACAUCCCCUUAUCUAGCUAGCUAGUAGAGCGAAGCAAUGAAUGAUCCAAGCAAUGCGAAUGAUAGAGAGAAUAAAGACAGUUUCGCAGGACCGGUACGUUAGCUAGAGGCCAGAGAAUGAUUGAAUCAAACUCGAUGAUAAUUCCCAUCUAUCUUUGGA